UCAGAGCACCCCCCCUCCUCCUCUCUCUCCCUCUUUCACUCUCUCUCACCCUGUCUAACUCUCUCCAUCUCUUUGCUUUACACACACACAGUAUUGUCAACAAAGCUGGAGAACAAGGGAGCAGGGGAAUAAAGGUCCACGGAAGAGGAGAGUUACACACAGGACCCCCUGCAUCAUUUCAUCUGGACACCUGAGAAGGAGCGUGAGGGCUGAAGGAGGGAGUGAGGAGCCAAAGGUGACAGUAAACAGGAGAGACACGCACAGGACAGCGCAGGACGUCUCGGCUUCUUUUCAUGCUGUUUUGGACACUCGUAGCAUGUAUGAGAAGUUAACCAUGCUGAACCUGCAGAGCGGCUCCAACUGGAGCGGGCCCAACAACUGGUACCAUGACCCCACUGGAGUUCAGACACAACACAGCACAGUGUCUGAGGGCUGUCUGCUGGACACCGAGGGGAGCAUGGGGGGAGAGGCCGGGGGUGGAGGAGCGGGCCGAGGGGGAGGAGUACCCGUGGAGCGGGACGAGGGCGAGGAGUCUCAGCUGAGGCUGCAGCUCAAGAGGAAGCUGCAGAGGAACAGGACCAGCUUCACACAGGAGCAGAUCGAGGCUCUGGAGAAAGAGUUUGAAAGGACACAUUACCCAGAUGUCUUUGCGAGGGAGAGAUUGGCGAACAAGAUCGAUUUGCCAGAGGCCAGGAUACAGGUGUGGUUCUCCAAUCGAAGAGCCAAGUGGAGGAGGGAGGAGAAGCUGCGCAACCAAAGGAGGUCAGGGGGCGUGACUUCCUGUUCGCAGAGUCAAGCUCCUCUGACCACUUCCUUCAACACAUCUGUCUAUCAUCAUCAGCAGCAUGGCAGCAGCUCAGGGUCCAUGUUGAGUCAGGCUGAGUCGUCCCUGCCCAGCUACAGCUCCCUGUCAGUUUUCUCAUCUGGAGUCCAGUCUAUUUCUCCCCAGUCGGCCUCGUCCUACUCCUGCAUGUUGCCUCCAUCCCCCUCCACCCCGCGCAGCUUUGACUCAUCGGCGUACUCCUCCCCUCAUCUGCAGACUCCGUCCUCAGCCAACUCCAACACUGGGCUCAUAUCGCCUGGUGUCUCAGUGCCGGUCCAGGUCCCAGGAAGUGAGCAGCAGAGCAUGAGUCAGAACCUGGGUCAGUACUGGGCCAGAUUACAAUGAGCGACAGACACUCACUUCCAACAGGCGUAGGAGAAGAAGAAGAAGAAGAAGGAGAAAAGGGGCAUGUUAAAAAAAAAUAGGAAUACAAAAUUAUGGUGGACACACAAGGGAGCACAGGUCUGAGCUUGUGAGGGGUCUGGACGAGUCGCAGACCCCCAAAUGCAUUAAAUGUUUACAAAUUCAGCCGAGAGCAGCUUUGGUUGCACUUGACAGGACUCUGGUAUUUGCUUAGUAUUAUCAGGUGGCACUUUUUGGGGGGAUUAGUGUGUUAAUCAUGGUGGAAGUGUAUAUUUUUAGGAUUAGCUCUAUUUGAGAAAUAGAUUUGAACCCUUCAGAAGUCAAAAUAAUUUGGCUUUUACAAACUAUAACGACAAAAACAAGAAGGGCGGAUACCUGCUUGAACUACGAGGAAUGGAUAACCACCAUGAGGAGUCAGUGUUCUUACCAUAGAGGGGGCAGGAGACUAAUUCAAGGUUUGAAUUCUGGUAUGUUUCAACCUGAUUCCUAUGUUUUUAAAUGUGGGUGUGUAAAUUAAUGGUACUUAUAUAAACUUUUGAAAUGAGCACAGUAGAUCAUCUCUAACGGCAGCUAAGACACCGCGUCUUUACUGAAACAUUACACACGUCUC